CUCGGCGACAGGUGCUGCUUAGUGAUUCUUCUUACCUCAAGUUUUUACAAUUACAACGUGCGAAUACAAAGAUAGGCAUUCAUCCCAUCAACGCAUCACGCCAUGAAAAUGGAGAAUACCAUCACUUGUUUCGUGAUUUGAAAAAGGACGCCCAGAAAUUUAAGGAAUAUACAAAAAUGACGAUAGAAACUUUCGACCUCCUACUCGGCCUCGUCAAGGAAGACAUCUACAAACAGUCUACCAACUGGAGGCGCGCCAUUUCACCAGAGGAACGUCUUGUUGUCACGAUAAGAUAUCUGGCAACCGGGGCUUCGUUCCGGUCUUUGGCAUUUCAGUUCAGAAUGGGAAGAUCCACAAUAUCUACAAUUGUUUCAGAGACGUGUGAAGCGAUUUGGAAGAAUGUUCAGCCAAUUUACAUGCCAUUUCCUGAUAGAAAGUUGUGCAUGGAAAAAGCCAGGCAAUUCAAUCGCAAGUGGAAUUUUCCAAACUGUUUCGGUGCAGUCGACGGCAAGCACAUUCGCAUUAAAGCUUCUCACAAGUCAGGAUCAUUGUAUUACAAUAAUGAACAGUUUUCCUCUCUUUUUUUGCAAGGUGUAGCAGAUCAUGAAUGUAAGUUCGUCACUGUCGAUAUUGGUGCGAAUGGCAGGCAGAGUGAUGGAGGAGUGUUCAGAAACAGCGAUCUAGCUAAAUGUCUCGAUAUCAAUGCAUUUGAUUGCCCAACUUCGCAACAGCUUCCUGGAUCUGAAGACAAAACCCCAUUUGUCAUUGUUGGGGAUGAAACUUACCCACUACUACCAUUUUUAAUGCGUCCUUACCCUAGACAAAAUUUAGACCAGUCAAAGAAAAUUUUCAACUAUCGCCUAUCUCGAGCCCGGCGAUGCGUUGAGUGCGCGUUUGGCAUUAUGAACGCAAAGUUUAGAUUACUAACAAAGUCUAUCGAAACAAGUGUUGAACAUGCAACAGUAAUUGUAAAAGCCAUUUGUGUUUUACACAAUAUGAUCCUAGCUCGAGAAGGCAUCGACAUAGAAGCAGCAAUGGGUGUCGAGGAUCACUGUGAAAUAGUAAAUACCAGAACACCAACUGCUGAAAGAAAUAGCCCGAGAUAUGCUAUCAAUGUUCGUAACACUCUGACUACUUACUUUACUUCUCCCGUUGGGAGUGUUCCAUGGCAGGCAUACAUCUAGAAUUCUAGAUUAUAAAUACAUGUAUAAGGUUAAUACUUGUACAUAUAUAUA